AUGAUUCCGCGGCGCACGGCGCACGAGCGCGUCAUCGGCCCCGGGGUGGUCCCGCACGGGGUCGAUCCGGAGCACGACGCGCUGUACCGCGGACGCACCGCGCGCGGGACGGUCACGGACGAAGUCUUGCGCGGUGUCCGUGGACGCCCGUUCACGAUCGAUGGGAAGGCGCGGGAGAAGGCGCCGGCGACGCGGACGCAGACGCCGUACGUCACGGGCACGAGCGCGCUCGGGUUGAAGUACGCCGGGGGGGUGUUGCUCGCCACGGAUACCCUGGCGUGCUACGGGAGCACGAAACGGUAUAAGAGCGUGGAACGGGUGAAACGGGUGAACGAUAAGUGCGCGAUCGCGUUCACGGGUGAGUUGAGCGAUUUCGCGUACGUGUGCGAUCUGCUGGAGGAGUUGACCACGGAGGACUUUUGCGAGGACGACGGCACGACGCGAGACGCGGAGGAGAUCUAUCAGUACUUGACGCGGGUUAUGUACAAUAGACGGAGCAAGUUCGAUCCGCUGUGGAACUCGUUCGUCGUCGCCGGGUACGACGCGAAGGGGGAGGCGUUUUGCGGCACCGUCGGGAUGAUCGGGACGCACUACGCAGACGAUCACGUCGCCGCGGGUUUUGGGAAUCACAUUGCGCGACCAAUUUUCAGAGAGUUUUACAAGCCCGAUCUCACGGAGGAGGAGGCGGUGGAGAUCAUGAAAUCGGCCCUGUACGCGUGCGUCAUGCGAGACAAGCAGAUGAUGAACAAGUUUCAAAUAGCGAAGGUCACGAAAGAGGGCGUCUCGAUCGGCGAGCCGUUCGCCGUGCCAACCGAGUGGGGGUACGAGAAGUUUUACAACCCCACGAAGUUUUCUCCGGGCGGGUGGUGA